GGCUCAACUCAACGCUGCUCCUGGUGGCCCAGAUUACGCAGCCAAUUAGGGUGAAGGCAAAGCCCCUUCUGCCACGAGCCUGGCUGCAGAGCGGUGUGACAAUGUGAAAGUUCCACCAGUCCAGAGCGUCCGCCUGGUGGAGAGCGGUACCAGGAUACGAAUCAUCAGCCAGAGGCCUUUGGUUCUGAUUACCACUGGAGCUCUGUGGAGCCGCUUUGAUUCCAUGGACCCAGCACCACCAGCAGGCAAAUAAGAAACCUAUUAAAAUUCAGAGGCAAAUCUCAACGAAUGGCGUGUGAUGAGUGUCAUGGCAGCAGAUUCGCUCGGCGUCGGCUCCUGCCGUCGUAGGUGCUGAAGUCUGACCGAAGUCACGUAGAGUGGAGCUCCAGCUGCUGCCGCCACCCUGAACGCCAGGCUGAUCCCUGCUCUUCUUACCUCCACUGCCUGCCUCCUCUCUGCUGCAGCGCUGGGCCCCACGAGGCACCGGCGUCCCGCUGAGCUCCUGAAUCCCAAAGCUAAAUAAAUAAAUGAAGAUUGCAAGGGGGGAAAAGAAGCCUAAUGGCUUUUCAGCACUGCAGGAAAGAGUGCAACAGAUAAAUCGUACGAUGAGUCACAAUGAGUGUAAAUGGGACAUAUUCUGUGAUGUUGAACACCACCUGACACUGGCCAGCUGCUGGUUAAGCUGCUCCAUCAAAGCCGCGGCGUCACCGCGCUCGGGCCGCGGCGGACUCUGCCUUCUGGCCCGGCUCCCGAGGAACAGAUGGGGCGACUGUUCUUUGGGCGAAGGGAACAGAGACGCCAGCAGAGGGGAGCGCUGAUUAACGGUGCUGCUCGCGGCGGGACCCCUCUGGGACAUUCUGGGUAAAGAGUCAGACCAAGGAGCAGGGACAAAAUGUGAUGAACACGUUGCUCAUGUAAAUGCCCCGAGGGAAAAAGCCAGAGGACGACGACUCUCAUGCGCAGGUAUAACGAACAGUUCUCCUCCAACUCAUCAACCUUCUCGGCUUUCACGGUUUACAGGACUCGUAUUCACAUGCAGGCGCGUUCGCUAACAGACAACAGCUGUGUACGCGCUGUGAAACGCAGACAUUCCUCACAUUUCACACUUUGUCAAACAUACGUCUAAUACUCAAGGUCAAAACCUAAACACAUAUCAAAAAACAAUGACUCAAGAUCAAGGUGCUAUUAUGGAAAAAAAUACAAAAGCUCCACUUUUCAGCAGAGAUGGCAAAACAAAGAAAAGGUGAUUUAGACCUCAAGUCACUUUAAAAAACAUGUCUAACAUUCACUAUAAUCAACAGAGCAACUGCUGCCUCUGAUCUGGUUUGAUUGUUUCAAUACAUCACCUACUGUAGAGUCUCGGUACAUUAGGUCACUGUAUAUGAUUUCUACAGCUCGUGAACGCACACGCUUUCGUUUCCAUCAUUCCUUUUGAACGUUUGUGAGGCAGCUGGGAGCGGCGCCGAGGCCCGUCCGAACCGCACGUGGACGUCCAGCCUCCGGAGGAGAGCGAGUCUAAGCCCAGUGUUUGAUUGUUUAGUCUCAACCCGACAGCUGGAAACAGCACUGGGCCUCCGGCAGCUUACACAAGCGCCAGCCUUACAUCACAAACACGGAACAACAUUAAAUAGACUGUCACAAACCUCUGCCUAUUGGACAGCGCUAUAAAUCUGUCUUCAUCAGUCACGUUCCACUUAUAGUUCUGUCACGGCAUCCAUCAAAUCCAGACAAGUAGACUAUUACAGGAGGUGAGUCGCUGUUUAAAGUGUGAAAUCAGCAGACUGGUUGAAUGGAGAAUUCACAAUACUGAGAAAUCCUUAAAACAGUUGUGUAAUCGCCCAUUUCUGGUUUAUCUGUGAUAAAAAAUGUGGGAGGAUAAAUAUGAUUAACAUUAAUACACUAAUACACCACUGGUACCUCUGCGCCGGUCGGCCAUUGCAGGUCCUGCAGGUGCUUCCUGCCAAACGCCAGCCAGGCCCCGGAGCAGAGGAAGCUGUACAGGCACUGGGAGCCAGGGGCCGAGGAGCCGGUUCAGACGCGGCCUCCGACCCCUCCGUGGGCUCAUUCCUUCAUGCAUUCGGCGAAAGAACCCCUCAGCGUCCCCUUCUUUCCGACAGCCGCUCACUGUGUUCUUAAAAGGUCACAACAGCUAUUUCUGUCCAAAAAAAAAGGUCGCGCUCAGCGCCGGCAAUAAGCUGCUGCCGUUAGCGUGAUAUUUCUUUCUGCCUAAAUACCGGGGAGCCUGUCAAAGCAAAGCACCUGUGUUGAAUCAACAUCUCCUUCCACUGACUAAUUCAUUGGGGCCCCAAUGCUGCGCAGCACUCAGUGUCACCCUGUUCUAGUGUGUUAUCACAGAUGGCGAGCGCACUUUCACGCCAUCUCUUUUGUGGAGAUGAGGUAAGACAUUUUCCGGUCAUUGUGUGGAGCUGAUCACAGGUCAGUUACUGUGGGAGUCACGUUGAUCGCGCUUUUACAAACACCCGCUCGUUAACGAGUGCAUGUGUGAUGUACUGUAGCGAAUGGUUCUGAUUGGACCUACCGCGUCUAGCCACCAUUCUGCAGAGCUGGACAGCAUGGGUCCCCUAAAAAAACACAACAGAUUGACAUGUUAUUGGCUGACUAGACAUUUAAUGUCCUUAGGGUUAUAUGAAGUGUAGGUAUAUUAACACAGCAUUCAGUUCUAACUGUGCGUAUGAACAGAGUCAGACAGACUCUUUGUGGCGUAACGAUCCAAAGCUCCAGUCAAAGUCUAGCACACAACGCUUGUCUAAGGCCGGUUUGGACCGUAACCCGUUGAAGGUCAAGCACUGACUGGUACCAAGCCGUGCGCUGGUGCCGCUCCACCACCAGGUCCAUGAACAGGCUGAAGUAGCACACGGCCAGCUCCAGUUUGGCCGUCGCCGGCGCCGCCGUGGAGACGGGAAUGGGAAGCAGCUAAUUCUCCUGUAACAGCCCAACAGCAGUCUCUGUAAAACAGACCUCUGUCACAACGAGCUCAAACAUUAGAUUUGACAUGAUCACAAAUGCAAACUUAUUUCCUCUUGUGCUCAUUUCUGUUGCUCAGCAGUAACUGAGGCUCUUACGAGAGGAAGUCUCACGUGACUACUUAAAACGUCAGACACUUGCGUUUCACGUCAUCCAUGCUGACGCCGGGCCCUCGCCUCCUCCUCGCUGAUGACGUCAGAGCCGUGAGGCGCCCGGGGCUCAGGGCCUUUCUGGUGCUUUGGCGCCCCCUGCGGGUCAGCGGGCGGACGUCCGCAGCCAACCUGAGGACACGUGAACGUGCACAGGAGAGGCCCUGCGUAGAGACGGCACACCGAGCACCAUGAGGCAGCCAGCGUGGCCUGAGACAGCAAAGAAAUCACCCUUCAUCACUCUCAACCAGGCUGGGCAGUGGAAGAAAUGUACACAGCGGCGGAAACAGCAGCAGCAGCAGCAGCGCAGGCCACAGCAGAAACCGGCUAAUAGACACAUCUGAGGCUGCAGCGCAAAGCAAAUGGGGAAGACUCAAAGGGACUGAGACGGCGGAGACAGUAACUCAGAGCACCUCAUUCUAAAUGGCAAAAUGGACCCGGUCACACUCGGAGGCAGUGAUGUCUUUUUCGCCACAUUGUCCUCCGUUAGAAGCUCCUUGAAGUCAAACGGCAACCCGCCGCCCCUGUGAGGCUCCAGCGCUGAGGGGAGAACACGAUCCGAGAGCGAGGGGAGAGACUGUGACGGGCCCCAUGCAGGCCCGUAAGAAGUAUGUCCUCCUGGGCUUGUGUGCGUGCUGCUGGCUGCUCUUCUUCUACUGGGGUGGGGGGGUCCAGCUGCGCGUGCUCCGCUUGCUGACGCGCCAUCGGGGCGAGGUGGUGCGCCCCUGGCCCAACUGGACCGACAGGGCCUUCCUGCCCCGGUAUGCCCACCUGGACGAGCUGCAGACGGACCCGGGGACGGCCGAGUCGCCCCGCCAGCGGCGCCAGGCGUGGACGGCCAUUUAUAAGGACAGCCGCUGCCGCAUGGAGACCUGCUUUGACUUCUCCCGGUGUCGCCGCCGAGGCCGGGAAGGCUUCCGCGUGUACAUAUAUCCGUCCGAGAAAAACGAGCACAUCUCGGAAAGCUACAGGAAAAUCCUGACGUCUAUAGGCGAGUCACGGUACUACACAUCCGACCCCCGCGAAGCGUGUCUGUUUGUGCUCGGGAUAGACACCUUGGACCGCGACCAGCUUUCAGGCCAGUUUGUGCCCAAUGUGGAUGAGCGCAUCCGCGGUUACCCGCUGUGGAAUGAAGGGAGGAACCACCUGAUCUUCAACCUGUACUCGGGCACUUGGCCUAACUACACAGAGGACCUGGGCUUCAAUAUCGGCCAGGCCAUCUUGGCCAAAGCCAGCCUCAACACGGAGCACUUCAGGCCCGGCUUUGACGUCUCCAUCCCGCUGUUCUCCAAGGACCACCCCCAGAAGGGCGGCGAGCGCGGCUGGCUUGUGAGGAGCACCACGCCGCCGCGCAGGAAGUACCUGCUGAUGUUCAAAGGGAAGCGCUACCUGACGGGCAUCGGCUCGGACACCAGGAACGCCCUCCACCACAUCCACAACGGCAAGGACAUCGUGUCGCUGACGACGUGCCGCCACGGGAAGGACUGGGAGAAGCACAAGGACGCGCGCUGUGACCACGACAACCUGGAGUACGAACGGAAGCAGAGUGCGGAUCAACUAACCAGAAGCUGCUGUCAGUCAAGGAGCAUCCGCCGCGCCGUCCCAGCUCCUCUGCUUCUGCUCAGUCGGUAUCGAUUGAAUAGUUGGGGGUUUGACUACCAGGAGCUGCUCCACAACUCCACCUUCUGCCUGGUCCCUCGAGGCCGACGCCUGGGCUCCUUCCGCUUCCUGGAGUCCCUGCAGGCGGCGUGCAUCCCAGUGCUGCUGAGUAACGGUUGGGAGCUGCCGUUCUCUGAUGUCAUCCAGUGGAACCAGGCAGUCAUUGAGGGCGAUGAGAGGUUGCUCCUGCAGGUGCCGUCCACGGUGAGAGCGGUGGGGAACGAGCGGGUCCUGGCUCUCAGACAGAGGACCCAGAUGUUGUGGGAGGCGUACUUCUCCUCGGUGGACAAGAUCGUCCUCACCACGCUGGAGAUCAUCAAGGACCGAGUGUUCUCGCACAUAUCGAGGAACAGGUACAUGUGGAACUCCCUGCCGGGCGGCCUGCUGGUCCUGCCCGAGUACUCCACUCACCUCGCCCAUUUCCCCUUCUACUACCUGGGAUUAGGGGUCAGUCCGGGUCAGGAGUUCACGGCGGUCAUCCACGCUGUCUCGCCGUUGGUCUCCCAGUCUCAGCCAAUCAUGAAGCUGCUUCAGGUGGUUUCCAAGUCAAAGUACUGCUCACAGAUCAUCAUUCUGUGGAACAGCGAGAAGCCACCGCCCAGUCGGAGCAAAUGGCCUCCGAUGCCCGUCCCUCUCACUGUGACAGACGGCAGGAGGAAGACCACCAGUCGGUUUCUACCUCACGUUGCCAUAGAGACAGAAGCAGUACUGAGUCUGGACGAGGAUUCAGUGCUACUGACCAGUGAGGUGAACUUUGCCUUCUUAGUUUGGCGGAGUUUUCCUGAGAGGAUUGUGGGCUAUCCUCCCAGGAGCCAUUUCUGGGAUCCCCUGAAACGCGCCUGGGGCUACACCUCUAAAUGGACUAACGAUUACUCCAUUGUGCUGACUGGAGCUGCCUUCUACCACAGGUACUACCACUACCUGUUCUCCCACUACCUGCCUCAGUCUCUGCGGACUCUUGUGGAUCGCACCUCCAACUGUGAGGACAUCCUGAUGAACUUCCUGGUUUCUGCAGUAACUCACCUGCCACCAAUCAAAGUGGCGCAAAGAAAGCAGUACAAAGAGCUGCCCAGUCCACAGGGCACGAAGAGCGUCCCCUGGGCCAACCCGGAGCACUUUAAUCAACGGCAGGAAUGCAUCAACACGUUCGCCAGCUGGUUUGGCUACAUGCCCCUGGUUCACUCUCAGUUUCGCCUGGACCCAGUACUCUUCAAAGAUCAAGUGUCAGUCCUUCGCAAGAAGUACAAGGACCUGGAGAGGGCGUGAAACUGACAUACAGACAGAAAGACUCUAGAGCACUGGCGAUGCGGGGACCUGUUGACAGCUGAACCAGCUAGCGGUGGAGGUGGAGUCUAAGUGGACGUAAUGACCCAUUUGCGACAAGAACAAAGUACAAUCAUCAGACAGACCCUGGUGGACUGUUCUAUGCUGAACAUAUACAUGAAGACGUCAAUAACGUUUAAGUUGAACGGACUCUCUCGAGCCCAAUAAAAAACAGAAAGAGACCCACAGCAGAGUCAAUAUGAGUGUGACUGAAACUCAGAAGACAAUGUCUGCAGGACAAACAAUUGGAUGUGUGAACACCUCAGAUGUCAGAGCUGUUGCUGUGACACUGAGAAGGAAAAGGCGAGCUAAUGCCAGAUGCACCUAAGGGACUGGUAUUGGUGUCACGCACUCCAGCUGUCGGGGGGGGUGAUGUCUCAACAUAGCUGUGCAGUUGCCAAGGAAACGGAUCAUUUCGCAUCAAAAUGCUAACUGUAAAACCAAUAAAGUGAUUUAUAAAUGCA